AUAUUCGCAGCGAACUGUCUCCCCCAAUCCGCCCCCGACCUCUUUCCAUCGUGCGUUUUUCCUGGGCAGCACCCAAGCAGCCGGACCUUCUCAGAUCUUCAGCAGCGGUAAGGAAUCUUCUGAAAGCUGGAGCACGGGGUUCGCGCUGCCAUGGCGGACAUUGAGGCGGCGGCAAGGGCCCCGCCCCUGCCGGCGCCGGCGCCGAGGAGGCCCGUGACCGCGGAGGUGAAUCCGGCGUUCGCUGAUGUUCGUGGGCAGUGCCGCUAGCAUCACCCUGGUCGUCGCGCGCUACGCUGUCGGCGGCGGCUACCCCUACGCGCAGGCGGUGGUGGCCUUCGAGAGGGACAUGUUCCUACGAGCACUCGCCACUGAGCUGCUCCUCUGCCCGUUCACCAUCUUGCUGCUGCUCUUGCGCCUCGACAGACGGCCAACUGAGCCUCCUGACAAGUUGGUACUAAUUGGGGCGGGUACUCCACCAUGCAGCUACAUGGUGCAGAGCACCCUGGAGCACGUGGCCAGCGUCAGCGCGCUAGCUAUGGCCUCGUACCGCUGCUGAUCUUCAUCAUCCUCUCAAUGUCUUUUUUUUUUUGCCCCUUCUCAAUUUCUUUUCUUCAGAUCUCAUGAAGGGGAGAUAACAACUGCAGUUGCAAUAUCUCAAUUUUAGAUA